AUGAGUAAACAAGAUGUAUCCGUUUUAAUUGGACAGAAAAUGCUUUUGGGUUGGACAUUACUCGAUGUAGUAUGCUCAAAGUGUUCAGUUGUACCAUUGGUAGAAGAUAAGAAAAACAACGUUAUUCUAUGUAUGGGUUGCAAUCGAAGACUAAAAAGAGAGAAUGGUGAUAUCAUUCAAGUGACACCUGGUGAUUCUGAAUCAACUACCUCGAAUAACAACAAAAACAACAACAACAACACUAGCAAUAAUAAUAAUGUUAAUCAUGAUAAUAUGUUUAUGCCUGGUUUAUUAAGAACAAAUAACAAUCAAGACAAUCAUAAUAAUAAUAACAAUAAAGUCGAAAAACAAACUAUUAUAACAGAUAAAAUGGAUAUUGUAGGAAAUGAUGAUAAUCAAUUAGAUUAUGAUGAAGAUGAAGAUGAUGACGAAGUUCUUUGGACUGAAGAUGAAAGAAUCCAAUUCGAAAAGAGAAUGAAAAAGUCUGACGAAACCAGUGCAAAGAUUGGACAAAAGUUAUUGAUGGGAUGGACAUUAUUGGGUGAUGUUUGUCCAAAUACCGAGUGUUUUGGUAGUCCAUUGAUGAGAGAUAGAGAGAAAGUAUAUCAUUGUCUAUCAUGUGAUCGAACUGAAAUGAAUGCAGAUGAUUUCCAUAUACCAAAGCAACAACAACAACAACAAAAGAAUAUUAUUAAUACAAAUGGCAAUGUAAAUAAUACGGUAUCAGAGAUUUCACCAACAAAAGAACCAAUCUUAAAGAAACAAAAGAAAGAAGAGCAAUCUCAUGUACAUGUUCCAGAGCAUUCCGCUUAUCAACAACAAUCUUUGAAUCAUCAUACUGUUCCAUCAUCUUCGUUUAGCAGAAGUAGUAGUGGUAGUAGUAUUAACAGCAACAACCAACACAACAAUUAUAAUAUAAUACCGGUGGUCGACCAACAUGUUAUUGCAAACAACAGACAACUAGCAGGUACACCAAUCAAGUUACUUCACCAAAACAUCAGUGAGAUGCCAGAGGUUGUAGACCGAACACUGAGCACUCUUUUUACCAAACUCAAAGAGACCGAACUACAUCUUUCAGACUCUAACAACAUCAACGAUACUAGAAACGACUGUAUUCUAAUCAAAGAGUGUAGUCAAGCAAUCAGUUCAUUACUUGAAUUAAAGAAACAAUAUCUAUCUUAA